AUGCGCCUCAACUCACCGCGACUUAAACCCCUGGCACGCCUUACACCCUUCUUCGUCCUCGCAACAAUCGUUGGUUUUGUCUCUCCUCAGUCCUUGUCCACCACUACCACUACUGGCAUUGCGAACGCCGCGACCACGACUACAAUCACAGUGACAGCCACCCCGACAGCCACACCUGUAGCCACCCCUCCAGCAACACCUGUAGCCACCCCUCCAGCAACAUGUCAGCCCGCCUUUGACUGCUCGACAUCACCCAAGGGCUGUUUAAACAACGGCGUCUGUAAUAGCAAUGUUUGCAAGUGCGACCCUGGAUUCGGAGGCAACGACUGUGGUCUCCUUGCCUGCGGCUCUUCACUUCAGGAACCCUCUCAGCGUACUACGGUUGCUGCCGGUUCUGCCUGUCCAGCCUGCGACCCUGGAUUCGGAGCAUUCAACUGCAAUGUGUGCCAAACUGAUGAGGGAUGCCAGUCAAGGACACCUUCACGCACGUCGCUAUUGGGCGACGAAAAGAUGGUCUGCAACAAGCAGCCCGAGGUCUUUUACAACAGCUACAUGACCUGCGGUGUCGCCUCCGAAGAGCUGACUUCGCUCUUCCCCGGAGAAAAUGCUCUCACGUUCGAUAUGAAUGUGGUCAACAAGACCAUCCAUGCCCAGCUGUGGAUCAACAACACCCAACAGUUUUAUUGCGAGUUUGGCAAUUGUUCCCUCGCCACCACAGACCUCGAGGGCAAGGUCCAGACAAAGUGGAGCUGCCCCGACCUCCAGUGCAAAUGCAUUAUACCUUCAACAAUGUGCGGGGGUGGUCCCAACCCGCCUAUGAUCCCCUUCAAAGGGAUUCUAGAGCCACUCAUGGGACCCUUUAGUCUGACCUGCCCUCACAACAGCACGAAUUGUAAUGCCUUCUUUUCUGGAUUGGCUGGAUUCUUCCCGAAGGGAUUGCCGUUGAACGACUGCAACAUGGGAGAAUGUGUCUUCCCAUCCGAGAUGGUCUCAUCCCUCACAGCCUUGCAGCCAACUAUGGCUACUGGCGUGAUUGUAGGCCUGGCUAUUCUGGGUGCCUUGAUCCUCUUCCUUAUCGUUGUCUGCUCGAUCGCCAAGAGAGACCAGAUUGUUCUCAGCCGUACUCCUUACACUCUCGACAAUGAGGCUGCCUCACUCGAGUUCCGCAAUGUCGGCUAUACCCUCAACAAAGAUGGACUCGAGAUUCUCAAGGGCAUUUCAGGAUCGGCUCCCGCUGGUGUUGUCUUGGCUGUCAUGGGUCCCUCAGGAGCUGGUAAAUCGACUCUGGUGGAUAUUUUGGCCGGCAAGCGCAAGGACGGCAAAGUUUCUGGCCAUAUUCUGUUGAACGGCAAGCAGGUGCGCGAGUGCGAGAUCCGUCAUGCUGUUGGAUUUGUUGACCAGGAAGAUAUCCUGCCCGCCUCCCAGACUGUCUGGGAAGCCGUUCUCUUCUCUGCCAUGCUCCGUCUUCCCGAGGCCAUGCCCAUCCACCGUAUCCAAGAACGCGUUUCUGAAGUCAUUGAGAUGUUGGGGUUGACGCAUUGCAAGGACAGUAUCAUUGGGGAUGUUACGUCCCGUGGGAUCUCUGGAGGAGAGAAGCGCCGUGUCUCGAUUGCCCUGGAGUUGAUUACCCGUCCUCCAAUCCUGAUCCUGGACGAACCCACCUCUGGACUCGACUCUUACAGCGCCCACAUGGUUGUCCAGCAGCUCUGCAAACUGGCUGCCAGCAAGACCACCACUGUUAUCAUGACCAUUCACCAGCCCCGCUCGGAUAUUUUCUACAUGUUUGACCAGGCUCUGGUGGUCAGCAAGGGAGCCUGCCUGUACUUUGGACCAACGGAUUCUGCUGCCGAUUACUUCCGUCGCCGAGGUCUGGCAUGCCCUUCGACUUACAAUAUUGCAGAUUACCUAUUGGAUAUUGCGAUGGACGAGAAGUUGCUGAAGCAGGCGAUGGAGUUUGAGGAGUCGGGUGUCGAGAAGCUGGGCGUUUCGUCGUCACAUCAGCUGCAUGAAAACGGGAACACGGUGUCGCGGCGUAACAACGCCGCUGCCACUACUCAGGACCACACCGAGGAUCAACAACUUGAGACCAUGGUCCGUGUGGAGGAGACAAGACCGGCCAGCAGCACUUCAACAGCGUCCUUCUCUGACGACAGCACGGCCCAGCUAAGGAAACAGAACACCAUCUACCCGACUAGCUUCCUGACCCAACUCCAAGUGAUCAUGAAACGCAGCUUCCAAACCCUAAUCCGUAACCGGUCCCUACUGGUCCUCCAUCUGGCAGUAUCUCUGGUUCUGGGGAUCUUUGUCGGAGGUCUCUACUUUGACGUGGCCAUGAGCCUGGCCGGAUUCCAGAACCGUGCUGGAUCCAUAUUCUUCAUGCUCGCCCUCCUCGGCUUCAGCAGCAUCUCUGCCCUAGGAGCCUUCACCGAUACCCGCACCCUCUUUGUCAAGGAGCGUUCCAACGGAUACUACCCGCCCAUGCCCUUCAUCAUCUCGACGCUCCUGUUCGAUCUCAUCCCUCUCCGUAUCAUCCCCGCCAUCUUGAUGGGGUCUGUCUCCUACUUUAUGAUCGGUCUAACGGCGGACGCCCAAACAUUCUUCAAGUUCCUCCUUGUCAUGGUCCUCUUCAACGUCUCCACGGCAAUGUUCUGUCUCGUCAUCGCCGCAGGAGUCCGCACCACGGGCGUCGCAUCCCUCGCGUCCUCCAUCGUCAUGCUCUUCAUGAUGCUCUUUGGCGGCUUCCUCAUCAACUCCCAACAAAUCCCCAAAGCCCUCACCUGGAUCCAAUACCUCUCCAUGUUCAAGUAUGGCUUUGAAGCCCUGGCCGUCAACGAGGUCGCGACUACAAAGUUGAUUGAUAACAUCCAAGGUGUUGCCUUUACUGUCCCUGGAUCGUUGAUUCUUCAAAAGCUGUUUGGGUUUGACUUGGGGAGCUAUUGGAGGAAUGUAAUUGUGUUGGUCGGAUUCAUUUUGUUGUUUGUUGCUACUUUUUGGAUGCUGGUUUCUUUGCGGCUUAAAGAACGCAAGUAA